AUGUCAAGUAAAGCAAAAUACAAAAAUGUACAGGAAAAAUAUUUUAGGAUCAGUAGAUUUUUAUACAUAGGAAGGGAUUUAUUCAAUGAUGAGUUUAUUAUUUUUAAAGCUUUGCUAAGGAAAAGAGGUUGCAACGUUCAUUGGACACACAGAGCAUCUGAUCGGCGGCAUCGAGAAGUCCAAUUAGCAAGAAUAGAAUUUAUUUGUAGAUAUAGUCAAGAAUAA